CCCUCCUAGAGGUCAGAGGUCACAGCAAACCCUGGAUCAAUCUGUAAUGCCAGUUGAAUGCAAAAGGUGGCAUUUUAAAAUCAAUCCUCAAAAUGAUAGGGAGCCAAUAGAGAGUCACCAACUCUGUUGUCAUGUGGGGUUUGUAUUUAGUUUUUGUUAAAAGCAGCGCUGCUGAGUUCUGGACUAUUAUCUGUUGCAAAAGAGAAAAUAUGCUGGGGCUCCUUAAAAAAAAUACAAUACACUUCACUUUUUCCAAAUCUUUUGGCUCAUUCGGAGCUCACAAUUUAAAUUGGGAUCAUCAUCAAAACAUUUUCUUCAUACCGGGUUAAAAAAAAUGUUGGCAGGUGGGUGUAAUUCUGCAUUACCGUAUUUGGGCAAAGAAAAUGAUUUCUUGUAAUUCAAAUACAGUUUUUUCACCUAAAAGACCAAAGUCGUGACUUGAGGACUGUUGGCCAUAAUGUUAAUUUGGUCAUAAAGAAAUAUUUACACUGCUUACCAGCAACAUAUGUCUUUAAGAGCAAAUUUGUCUUAAAUUUGUCUUAAUAAUGUCUUAAAAAUGUGGUUGUUUGGUAGAAAGUUCUCCCACAGAAUGACUCCAACCUUUGUGUUGACAGUUUCUGACGCGAUGCAGUGCAACUCUUGGCUUGUACAGUUUUAUGUGUGUGUUUGUAGUUUUUGCGACAUUGCACUUAUUUCUUUAUUUUCUGUUUUGUUGUAAAUAAUUCUGGGUGGAAGUCUCUUAUGUAUAGUGAAAUAUGUCUCAAUACCUUACAUAUGUCUUGCAUUUUUUUUUUACUCUUAAUGAUUUUUGUUUUGUAUUUUUUUAAUAUGUUAGCAUUCACAGAUUUCUACAGUCAUGCUGUACUUACCAGAGCUGUUCCCAACAUUUCACUUAAUUCAUCAAUAACUACUUUACAGUGCGCUUCUUCCUUUUGUAAAUUAGCUGUUAUGUGUUAUGCAUACAUAAAUGCACAACACCACAGUAGUCAUUUUUGGUGUAUCUUAACACAAAAUAAUCCAAAUGAAUGACAAGUAUUACAAUUAAUGUUUUUUUGUUUUUGAUGUCUGUACAGUUCUGCACAUGAGCAUGCACUGUCCCCAGUCCCUCCAGAUGAGACAUCCUGACAUCUUGUGGACAAAAUAAUCUACUGCUGGCUGGGGAUGAGGGCAUUGCAAUAGCUUUAUUUCUUUUAAAAAAGAAUUUUUACAAUAAGAUAUUACAAGAGGAUUAUAACAAACAGUCCCUGUAAUAUUACCAAUUACACACGGUACCAAGAUACUAUCAGCUUACUUACCUCUAACAGAAAGUAUUUUACCACAGGAUGUGGCAAACCUCACAAACCUAACACGUUUUUAUCAGAAAGAAAUCUGACACCUCUUGUCAGUGUAAUAGGUUAACCUAAAUCAAAAAGUAUCUCUAAUACAGUGUAUGUUAUACACAAACUGCAAACUAUAAAGUGUAUACAUUUAUUUUAUUUCUGUUAAAACCUCUUUAUCUUGAUGUCAUUUAUCUGAAUAACUACAAGCUGGCUACUUCUUAGGGCACAGAAAUAUAAUCACAUUAGAAAUGGUGCUUAGGUUACUAAUAGAACUAAACAUUCAGUUUCUGUUACUCAUGAGGUUUUAUCAGAGGUGUCAGAAAAGGAGAGAAAAUCUACAUGUAAGACAGCACAAGCACACAUUAACCUGUGAUUGGAGUGUCUGCUGUUAUAGGCUGGCGUAGAACAGGAAGUCGUCAAUGUAACACAGACACUUUGAUUUUGUUUUCCUCUGUUCUAUCUCACACCCAGCAAGAGAAGGAACUUUACUUACUGUGCAGAAGACAAUGGCGAACACAUCUUGUCAAGCUAUCCAGUUUGAGUUUACAGGCAGAUUCCUUCCUCCUGUUUACAUCUUAGUCUUCAUCAUCGGUCUGCUGGCUAAUGGAUGGGGAUUGAAGCCUUUGCUGCAGAAAUGGAAGAAACUGGGUAUCGUUAAUGUAUUUGUUCUCAAUCUCGGACUUGCUGAUAUUUUGUACCUGCUCACGCUCCCCUUUUUGGUGGUGUACUACUACAUGAAGAGCAAGUGGAUCUUUGGGGACGCAUUCUGCAAGAUAACACGAUUCUGCUUCAAUCUGAAUUUAUAUGGCAGCAUCGGGUUCCUUACGUGUAUAAGUGUGUACAGGUACCUGGCUAUUGUCCAUCCAAUGAGAGUGAUGGGAAGAAUAACUGUCACUCACUCUGUGGGGAUCUCAGCCAUGGUUUGGGUCUUGGUGAGUGUCCAAAGUCUUCCAGACAUGUUCUACAGCAAAACAUCUGGAAACCAGCCUGAGAAAUGUUAUGAUACUACGCACAAGACGUAUGUGGAGGAUUACCUGAAAUACAGCCUUGGAUGGACAUUCACUGGGUUCUGUAUCCCAUUGCUCAUCACACUGGGCUGCUAUGGACAUGUGGUUGUCGUUCUCUGUCGCACAAAUGCCACUGACAAGGAACUGAAACAGAGAUGCUUGAAGUUGUUGUUCAUCGUGAUUCUUCUCUUCUCUGUUUGUUACAUCCCCUAUCAUGUACUGAAGAACCUCAACCUCUGGUCAAGAGUUCUGCAAAAACAGAAGAUAUGCCGGGAAUGGUUUAACGGAGUCUACGUUGCUCAUCAGAUAAGUCGUGGCCUUGUGUGUCUGAACAGUGCUCUCAACCCUCUGGUUUACCUCCAUGGAAAUGAAGAUAUUAAUGCUCAGCUCAGACAGCUGCUCCAACAAGCUCGUAAAGCUUUCAACUGUCUCACCCCUAGUCAAGUUCCACUGGUCGAAUUGUCUAGUAUGUGAAUGAAAUUUAAUUAUUGUAUUGCAUCAUCUUGUUCUGGGCCAAGUUUUUAUCUAUUUGAUGGUCAUAUUGCUGUUAAUACUCUCAAAAAGGCUCAAAUUAAAAAAAGGAAAAUCAUGUGUUAUUAUUGUUAUUAUCUGAAAAUGCCACUGUUCACUUUCAGAAAGGUUUGCUGAGAGAACAGGACCAUGUUGUGCGAUCUGGGGCUCAGUGCUAUGCAUCAUCACUUUGGACUGAAACAGGAAGUGCGUUUUGUGAACGUGUAAAAAUAAAGAGUGUAAAAAUAAACCGGAUGCAAACUGUGCGAGCUUCACUGCCUGCAACUGCACAUCAAAGGGUAGCAAAGGAAGAAUA